AUGGCGCAAUACUCAAUGGUCAACGGUACGGUCACGUUCCAAACAGCUACGGACAGCUGGAACACCACUGUCAACACAACCGGUUCCGAGCUCCCCCGCCCUCGACCGCGCGUCGUCCUCCGAGCUAAAGAGAAAGAGGAUCUAUGGUUCUCCGACGCCACGGCCAUGCUCAUCAUCGCCGCACUUACGCUGCUGGACCUCUACGCGACGUACUUCAAGCUGCGCUGGCGACUCUCUCGGCGACCUCAGGCUGCACAGUGCGACGUGCCCCGACCUGAGCCGCAGCCUGAGCCUCGCGAACCUGCGGAGUGA